CCAGAAAUAUUACCGUCUUUCUCUCUUACCGAUCCUUAGACGCCUAUCAGCAAUCAAUAGAGAGAUGCUGCAAUAUAUAAAAUGGCAGUCUGCUUGUGUAUUGGCAGGUUCUUUUUGAUAUCAGUGACAGCAAAGGAGGGAAAAUUCAAUAGUUACACAGAGAUUUGUUAAUCUAGUGUCAGGAAUCGGUAUUAGCUUGCAAAAGGUAACAAAAGACAGCUCCAGGUUUGUGAACCUCACAGGGAACCGGGGACUGGUUCAAUUACUGCAAAAUACCAGAGAUGGAGACCUUUUACCAAAACACGUCCAAUUCUACCCAUAACAAUGGAACAAUUUCUCCUAAAAAUUACUCAGAAGACCUUGCUAAAAUAGAAAUCAUUCUGCAAGCCAUCAUACUUUAUAUGGCCAUUUUUGGAAAUGCAGCCGUCCUAGUAGUAUUUCGUGUGAAAUCAAAAAGACUAAGCAGAAUGCAGUGGUUUAUCGUACAUUUGUGUUUUGCAGACAUAUUUGUUGCAUUCUUUAACGUUCUCCCACAAUUAAUAUGGGAUAUCACAUUCCGUUUCCAGGGAAACAAUUUCCUUUGCAAAUUGGUGAAAUAUUUUCAAUUGGUGGCCAUGUAUGCGUCUUCAUACGUGUUAGUUGUGACUGCAUUAGAUAGAUACAUUAGUAUUUGUCACCCGCUGACCAGCCACACUUGGUCAAAGCGACGGAGGGCGAAUCUUAUGGUCUUCGUGGCUUGGCUUCUUGCGUUAUUUUUUUCUAUUCCUCAGCUGUUUUUAUUUGCCUAUAUGGAAACUUCCCCCGGAAGUGGCGAGUACGACUGCUGGGAAACUAUGAGUGACGGAGACCCCUGGGAAAUACAGGCAUAUUUGACAUGGAUUUUUUUGUCUAUUUACUUCAUACCAUUUCUUAUUCUUACAUUUGCUUACACACGGAUUUGUUACGUUGUCUUUAGUAGUGUAUCCUCCAAGGAACAGGUCCGGGUUUCUUUUAACACAAAAUCCAACGGUUUCAAUAAGAGAAAUGAUCUACUGACUAAUCCUCGAGCGCAUACCCGCUGUGCCUCAAAAUCCAAGAAAAAGACAAUAUACUUGACACUCACAGUGGUAUUGUGCUACUUGAUUUGUUGGGGACCUUUCUUCAUUGCUCAAAUGUGGGCCGCCUAUGACCCUUUUGCACCAUUUACAAGUGCAUCAUUUGUAAUCAUUCUUCUGCUGGCUAGUCUUAACAGCUGUACAAAUCCUUGGAUUUACCUGGCGUUCAGUGGUAUGGCAACAUGCUGUAAAAAGAGGAGUCCCAAAUCACCUUACCCACAGUAUUCUCAAGCAGGAACUAACCAAACCUUUGUCGAGUUCGAUUCCUGUAGUACCAGAGGAUCUAAAAACUACGAAACCAAACAGAUGAUUCCGAUUCCGAUCCCGAUGUCUGAUAAACCUUCAUGAAAUAGCUAUAUUUAAUGAUUGAUGUGAGCGUUCGAACACUCCCAGAACGAGAGUCAUCAUUUUUUUAAAAAAUAAUAUAUAUGUAUUUUGGAAUAAAGCAGAGAUUAUAUAAUUUUUUUUCAUAAAAUGUAUGAAUAAAUAAACAAAAUCUGGCCUUGUCUACUUAAAAGCAAUUUACAACAACCUUAAUUAUUCCUCGAAAUACAAUGUACCAAUUGUGCGAUUAAAAUCUUUUUUAUAGAA